AUGUUCUCGCCCAAAUUUAACCCCUACCCCAUUUGGAAUUGGUACAGAUCAGACACUUGCGACAGCAUAACCUCAGUAUUCCGAGUGGAAGCCGACGCCUGCGGACGCCUGUGGGUGCUGGACAGCGGCCUGAUCGACGUCACCAUAAAACCCAAGCAAAUAUGCCCGCCCAAAGUCCUGAUCUUCGAUCUUCAUACCGACCAGCUCCUCUACAAACACAUCCUGCCCAAGGAGUUCAUCAAAGAGGACAGCCUGUACUCCAACAUCCUGGUGGACGUGCGCGACGAUUGCCACAGCGCUCAUGCCUAUUUGAGCGACGUUUGGAGAUACGGAAUAGUGGUGUUCAGUUUGGAGAAGAUGAGAUCUUGGAGGGUGACCGAUCAUUUGUUCUUUCCAGAACCACUGGCGGCUGCUUAUCAGGUACAUCAUUUGCAUUUCGAAUGGACUGAUGGAGUUUUUGGACUAUCUUUGAGCCCUCACGAUUGUCACAAUAGAGAUAGGAUUCUCUAUUUCCAUCCGAUGUCGAGUUUUCGGGAGUUCUACGUGAAGACGUCCGUAAUUUGCAACGAAACCGGUUGGUCUGAAGUGAAAGAUGCUUUCAAAGUUCUGGGUCAAAGUCGAGGAAAAUCCGGGCAUGUAUCCGCAUCCAGAAUUGAUAGAAAUGGUGUUAUGUUUUACAAUUUAGUGACGAGAGAUUCGAUAGGAUGCUGGGAUAUCAGGAAACCUUACAAACGGGCUAAUUUAGGCGUGGUUGCCAGAAGUUCGGAAACAUUGGUGACAAGGAAAAAGCGACAAGGAAAAGCGACAGAGCGUAUGGGUGUUGACCAAUAAAUUUUUAUAUACGAGGGGCUCGACGAAAAUAUGGUGAAUUGUUUAUGUUUUUUAUACAAAUCUCUCAUGAAUAUCAUUUUGUAAGUACUUGAUGUAUGAUAAUAAAAAUGGAUUUACAUAGUACUUAUAAAAUAAGUUACGAUGGUUUAUCCAUUUUUUAUCAGUACAUUUAGUAUGUACGCAUUUUUAAAAUAGGGUUUUCCACAAAAUUGUAUAGAAUCGAUAGUAUUUCAAAGAAUUAUAAAAUAUCAUUUAUCAGUAAAAAAAUGAAUGACAUUUGCGAUGAAAGUUGGAAAAACCGGCGGUAAAUCAAAGGCUGGUGUUGCCAAAAUUUUGACUAUUUUUUUGCUAUUUUUUAUUUUCAAUAUUUUACUAAAGGAAGUUGGCUCAGAACAUAAUAUUUUGAGGUCGAGAAUCUUCCAUUUUAAUUUGGGCCAUUACUUACGGACCACCCUGUAUACGUAUUCCAUUUAUAUUUUUCUUAUUAUUGUCAAAUGUUUAUAAUUUUGUCAAAUGAUGUUCAAAUGUUGUAUUGUAAUUCAAUUAUUUUGGUUAUAUGUAUUGC